AUGAAGAGGCAAAACGCCCGGACCCUCGCCCUCAUCAUCAGCAUCCUCACCUACCUGGUGGUCGGGGCGGCCGUGUUCGAGACCCUGGAGUCCAAGCAGGAGAAGAGCCACAAGAGGAAGCUCGACGCCAGAAAGUACGAGCUCAUGCGUAAAUACAACUUGACCAAAGAGAACUUCGAGGAGCUGGAGCACGUCGUGCUGCAUCUCAAACCUCACAAAGCGGGGGUCCAGUGGAAAUUUGCGGGCUCCUUUUACUUCGCCAUCACUGUGAUAACGACCAUAGGUGAGCAGCUGAUUCCUCAUUAACACGGUUUACACCUGAGCGAAAGCGUUUCAUUAAGAGGGGAUCAGAGGCAGCAGCAGGGCCGUAGUUAAACCCUGAGGUGCUGAACCCCCCUGAACAGAUAUCAGGGUCAUGAGGGACAAAUGAGGGAUUAUUUUUAUAUUAUUACUAUUUUAUCUUCUUUCUUAAAGUAAAAUAAUUAAGCCACAAUGUUGAGAAUAGAGUUUAAGUGUUGGGGAAAGGCUUCAAAAAGUUUGUUAUGUUGAAUAUCACGUGUAAAGACAAAAAUUAAAGCUCCAGUAAGGGACUUUUGUUGGCACCCAAUGUUUGGCAACAAAGCAGUCUUUCUUUGUCUUGUCCUCUGAACGCUUAUGCGGUGUCUUCUAACAAUAAAUCCAGUCAAGUUUAUCAUGUGGAAAAUAUAAACAGGGCCGUUACUUCAGUACCUACCCCCUCACACCAGUUUUAAGGAUAAAAUACUAAAAUAUUAAACUUAUAAAUCUUGUUUUUGUUUGUGUUUGCAUGUCAAAAAAAGGGCAUCAAUAUGAAUUAAGUCUGUUUUUGAAACGUUAAAACCCUUCACACAGGAGCUUUAAAGUGAAAUCACUGAGAAUUAAAAAGUCAGAUUGUAAAAGAUAAAAUUUAACAUCGUUACAAUACAGAUUUUAAAAGGUGAAUGUUUCUGAAAUCAAGUCAAAAAUGUUUAGAAAAAGGUUGAAGUGUAAAAAAUUAAGUUGAAAUGUUGAAUAUGAGGCUUAAAUAUCACGAGUAAAGACAAAAUUUAAAGCUCCAGUGAUGAACUUUUGUAUGCUUUAAUGUUGGCACCCAAUGUUUGGCAACAAAGCAGUGUUUGUAUAUCUUGUCCUCUUAAUCUUUAAGUGGUGACUUAAAACAAUAAAUCUCGUUGCGACAGUCAAGUUUAUCAUGUAACAGGGCCGUUACUUCAGCACCUACCCCCCUCACACCAUUUCAAAGCAUAAAAUACAAAAAUAUUAAAAUCAUAAAUCUUGUUUUUGUUUGUGUUUGCAUGUCAAAAAAAGGGCAUCAAUAUGAAUUAGGUCUAUUUUUGAAACGUUAAAACCCUUCACACAGGAGCUUUAAAGUGAAAUUACUGAGAAUUUAAAAAGAAAGUUUAGAAAAAGGCUGGGGUGUAAAAAAUAAAGUUGUAAUGUUAAAGAUAAAAUUUCAAUACUACAAAUAUAUCAUAUGUUCAGUUAAUUAGUAUUUGUGUAUUUUCCUCAUGUUCCUGUUCCCCUGUAGUCCAGUCUUGUGAGUUUUCAGUUUUUCUUUGACCCUGUUUCCCUCCUGUUCUCUGUGUUUUAUUCUUUAGAUCAGUUUUCAGUGUUUAUUUCCUGUUUUAUUUUGUAGUGGUUGAUUCCUUGUGUUUCUAGUCUGAUUUUACUACCCUAGUUUUCCCUCCUUCGUUAAUCACUCAUGAGUUUCACCUGUGUCUCGUCAGCCUCACCUGUUGCUCAUUUCCCAGUGUGGAUAUAGUCCCUGUCUUCCCCUCUGUUCUUGUUGGUUCAUUGUUUGUCCAUUUGUGCGUGUGUAUGCUUAGUUCUUCAUUGUUUCUUUGUUUACCCCUGCGUGUCGUGACAAAAUAAAGUUAAAGAUGACAGUAGCUUGGAAUAAUGAGUUUGUAAUGGACUAGAAAUCAAGACUAGAAAAAUCAAAAUACUGUAAACAAAAACAGGGUUUGUGCUCUGCUCUGGGGCCUUAGCGUCGCUCCUCAGGUCUGGCAUCUUGUUUCGUCAAAAAGUCAUGACAGAAUUUAAUAAAAACUCACAAUUUCCCCGUCUUUCAAUCUACACUGUGCUUAUACAACACUCAACUUGUCGUAAACGUGUGGUUUGGGCUCCUUUGCGUAAAUAAAGGGAGCUCAGGGACGUGUGUCUACAUCUCUCUGAGGCCCAACCAUAAGUCCAACAAAAACAAAGAGGAACGGUUAAAUUUAAAUAAUCGGGAUUAAGUCAAGUGGUUUGUUUUAGAUUGAAAAUUUUUAAAAUCCAAAUAUCAAAACUUAACGUCAGAACAAUAACGUCAGAAAUGUGUAAAAGAUCUUUUUUAGUUUGCUGAACAACCAAUUUUUACAAGAUAAACCUAUUUCCAGUUUUGCUUUAGUUGCAUAAAGAAUUCAUAUAAACAAAGUAUCCCAGAAAAGGUAAAAUGAUGCAGGAGUGUUCUGUUAUACAAGUAGAAGUUCCUGGAUUUAAUAAUUUCCUAGACAGAAUAAUAAUGAUGGAGAGAUGUAAACGUGGUGUAGCUGGAUAAACAAUGGGGAAGAAAGUUAAAAUCCUUCCUCUUGUGCAGACAGGUUUCCUUUAUUAUGCCAGAUGGUUUACGAGUCUUAAAAAGGACUUUGGAAAUAUCUUCAGAGGAGCGAUAAAUGUUGUCAAAACAGCCUCCGGGUUUUCCAGAGACUGACGGGUAAAAUCGUGAGAUUAGCUCUGUGACCUACAUCAGUGUGGAGGGGCGCUCAGUAUCACAUGUGAGGUGAACCAAACUACAGAGGAGAAACUCAAAGAGGUUUGCAAAAUAAUGACAAAACGUCGAAGACCCCACAGAUGCAGUAGCUUGUUGUAUUGCAAAAGACAUGCUACCAAUAAGCACUGCUAAAUUUCAUUUUUUAUAUCGUGAUAUAUAUCGCUAUUGACUGAAAAAUAUAUCCUGAUAAACUUUUUCACAUAUCUCCCAGUUCUACUUACUAACAAUACCUCUUAAAACUGUAGUUUGGGAUCAUUUGUGUGGAAAAACAGGAGCGACAUCAGUUGACCACUCCGAUUUUAGCUGUUUCUUGUGAUACAUAUGAGGAAAAAUUAGUUAUUUGCAGUGAUGCCAAGGUCAAGCAGUAUCCGCUUUCACAUUGAGGCCAAUCCAGAAAUGCAAAAAACUCAAUUUGAGUAAAUGUCACCAAAGAGACCCUUCAUCAAUCCCAAAGGUUUAUCAUUUUCAUCCGUUUCUCCUCUUAUUUGGUCAGAUCUUUGUGUCACUCUCCUCCUUAAAAAGACUCCGGGUAUAACAAUAGAAAAACCUCAACAGCCGGUCCAGUAUUUAACCACAUGUUCACAGUCCUGACUCAGCAUCUGUCAGGAUUAUUAGGCCACUUCCAGGUUCUGAAAGUGAGGAAAGAGGUGUGAAGUGACAUCACGUUUUUACAGCAUCUUGACUUACGACCACGUGGGAGUUAUAAAUACAAAGCUGUGAAUUCACAUCAUUAAAGUCAAGCUGGAUAGUGUGAUCGGGCUUUUUCUAUUAAUGAGAGGAUUUAGAGGAGGAGUGUGUGUGAUGGUUUCUUUGGAUUUUGUUCCUGCGAAAACUUCAGGUCUGGUCCGCAUGUCGGCGAGUAUCAAAAAUCAGCCUCUCCAGAAUAAAAGUAAAAAGAUUUGAUGUUCGAAGAUGUAAAUCUGGCGUCUUCUCUUCCAGGUUACGGCCAUGCGGCGCCCAGCACCGACUCAGGGAAAGUGUUCUGCAUGUUCUACGCCCUCCUGGGGAUCCCGCUCACCCUGGUCAUGUUCCAGAGCCUUGGCGAGCGCAUCAACACGUUCGUCAGAUACCUGCUGCACCAAGCCAAGAAGUGCCUGGGAAUGCGUCAGACCGAGGUCUCCAUGGCGAACAUGGUGACUGUGGGCUUCUUCUCCUGCAUGAGCACGCUCUGCAUCGGGGCUUUGGCGUUCUCACAGUGCGAGGGGUGGAGCUUCCUCCACGCUUUUUACUACUGCUUCAUCACGCUGACCACCAUCGGGUUCGGGGACUACGUGGCUCUGCAGAGGGACAACGCGCUGCAGAACGACCCUCGGUACGUGGCUUUCUGCUUCGUGUACAUCCUCAUGGGUUUGACGGUGAUCGGGGCGUUCCUGAACCUGGUGGUUCUUCGCUUCCUGACCAUGAACAUCGAGGACGAGCGGAGGGACGCCAAGCAGAGAGCUUUAAUGUCCGUUUGCAAGCCCAGAGGAGAGGUGGCUCAUUUACUCCCGGUGUCCACGUCGGCUGCGUCCACACCUGCGGUCGAGGACACGACGAAGGCGAAAAAUUUAAAAGGUGCUUACACCGAGGUGCUUCAUUUCCAGACUAUAUGCUCCUGUUUGUGGUACAGGAGCAAAGAGAAGGUGCAGGGCUCCACCAUGAUCCCUCAGGAGCUGACCUUCUCGGAUCCAUACCUGCAGCAGAACAGUGACUGCCCUCACUACAUCGAACCCGGAUCCACAGGCUGCGUUUGCAGUCCACGCCAGUGUUCGAGCAUCAGCUCCAUAACGACGGGCUUACAGAUUCUCUCCCCGUUUAGGAUGUUCAAGAGACGCAGCUCCGUUUAG